AUGGAUAGCAAUAAUAUAAUUUGGAAGAGGAAAUAUGUGUUUGCAAUGAUGCUUAGCACAUUAUGCAUGAUGUGCAGUUGUUGCAACGAGAGAGAUAAAGAAAUCCUGUUGAAGUUCAAAGAAGGAGUCACUGAUUCAUCGGGCCUCCUAUCUUCAUGGAAGCAGGAGCAAGAUUGCUGCCAGUGGAAGGGAGUCACCUGUCACAACAUCACUGCCAGAGUCAUACACCUCGCUCUCUCGUGUGAUUAUUAUGAUGCUAAAGAAGAUGAAGAAUAUAACUCGCAGAAAUGCCUUGCAGGUGACAUCAAUCUCUCUCUGUUAGACAUGGAAUACUUGCAACAUUUGGAUCUGAGUAUGAAUGACUUUAAAACUAUCUCAUCUGAUUCCACUGUCAACUCUACAACUCUCAAUUAUAUUGAUCUAUCAAUCAACAAAAACCUUUUUAUUACGAGUCUUGAGUGGCUCUCUCGGAUUUCCUCUCUAGAAUACAUAGACCUCAGUAACAUUAAUCUUCACAUGGAAUCUAACUGGCUUCACUUUGUGACGGUGCUUCCAUCAUUGGUGGAGCUCCACUUAGAGGGCUGUAACCUUGAAAGCAUAAGUCCAUCUCUUGGCUAUGCUAAUUUAGCACAUCACUUGAGGCCAGCUACCAAAUACAUUGCCAAAACUUCAUUCCUUGAAUUUGCUUUACUUGUCUGGUAA